AUGAUACCAUCCAUCUCCAAAUUACUGCUUGAAGGAAAAGGAUCGGUGGCCUCUGCUCUGGAGGCCCGUCUUGAGGCGCUCGCAGUCUAUCCGAAUAGCUCUGAAAAAACGCUGCUAGAGAAACAAACAGAAGAGAUCAGAAAAGAGCGCACUUUCAUCAACAAUCAGACAGUGCUGUCUGCUCUGCAGGCUCUGGUAGAUAAUGAGGCUGAUGCGGAAGAGUUUCAGAAGAAAGCAAAAGAGAUACUAGAGACAGAAUACCAGCGAAGUGUAAACUCAGAAGAGUUCUUUAGAUUUGUGAUAAAGUUUGGACUUUCAAAUUAG